AACUAAAACUAUUAAAGUGUUAAGACGUAGAGUGCAGGCUUUGUAGCCACUCCCGCGACCCACAGGGAUUUUAUCGAUUUUCGUUCCUAAAAAGCACGACGGUCGCUACGACGCAUCGUAGGUUAUAGUCGCUAUGUCUCUACCAUUUUCCGGCUCGAAAUCAAAGUCGGCGGGCUUAGUGAGUGCGAUAAGGAAACAGACGUUAUUGUUGAACCUUAAGCCAGUGAAAAAAGUGUUGGUCAAGUUCGAUCCUUUUAGCCAAAAUUCUGCCACAGCCAGAAAUUUCAUGUACUAUUUACUAUCGCCAAAAGUACUCAAAACAAAUCCUCAGUGUUUGAUGAGAAACGAAGUUGUUAACGAUAGAAGUGAAUCAACAAUUGAUGUUUCCUUAGUUAAUGGUGAAUCAGUGUUAUUUAAAUGCCAAAAUUUGACUGUUUUGGACAUUUUUCAACAGUUCAAUAAGCAUAUAACUCCUUUAGCACCUAAAGAAGAAUUAACUGAAGUUCUUGUGACUAAAACUGAUAAGAAAAAAGGAGGAAAACGGUAAGAAUGGCAAAAAAA